GUUAAUUUUUGAUCAUUUUUUUUUUCUAGGAAAAUAUUUGCAUUUUCUACGAAAUACCACGCGUGGUUUUAAUAGUUUUACAUGCGAUGCAAUUUCACGGGUGCUGCCGCAGCGAGAAAAUACGCGCCGCGCCGUAGCCAUUUUUUUUAUGUGCUAUUUGGGACCGUUGGCCACUAGUGCUAAGCGAUAGGUGAUGGACGCAACACGAAUCGCCUGAUAGGACUUUUAUCGGAUUAGGGAGGGUAUAAUAUAGAGUAAUUUUAUUGUAUUUAUCUAUGAAUAUUUUAGAAUUACUAUAUUCUAAAAUCGAUGGCAAUGUUGAUGAUAUUGUUAAGUAGAUGCGAAUAUUGAUCACGUUUAAUUGAUUUGUUUUCCUAGUAGAUACCUCGCACUUAAUAAUUUUGAAUAAAAAAAAAAAAAAAAAUAAUUUUGUUGAACGUAGCCGCUCAGGUAACAUAAGUUCUUUUUCAAAGAAUUAACAUCAUAUUAUUAAUUCGUAAUCGAUCAUGAUUAAUAAUGUUGUUAAUUAUUAUAGGUAAUAUAAUACGAAUUGUACAAUAAUGGCCGUGAGCGGGAUCCGUUAAGAAUCUCUGCGGUUUAUUCCGUCAGAUUAGUGUCGCGGUGUUUUCGCGUCGGCCGUUCCGGCAACACUGGCCGCAUGGCCGAUCAACGGCGGCGGCGGCGGCGAAAUCGCAUUGUACUGUUUGAAUUUUAACGGUCUACGGACAUUGCAAACAAUCCCGACGCGAGUACGCUGCCGAGUGCCGGUGCGUCGUUUUGUUUUCCGUGCUUCAAUUUUCGAUCGUUCGGCGCGCACGCGUUUCUUUAACGAGUUCGGCAAACGCAAAACCAUUCUCGCCCGUUUAUUCUGUUUCUUUCCUUUUUUUUUUUUUUUUUUUUUUUAGGUACCUACUUUUCGCGUUGUCUUACCUUUUUUUGUUUUGUUGAGACGUCGUGAUGAUGCGCCGGAAGUUGAAUUUCAUCGGCGGCGGCGGCGGUAGUGGCGAGUAUUGCAGGGCAAGCCCGCUGUCCGAGUGCUUCGUCGAGUCGGACAUCCAGCGACAGAUCCGGGACCGAUUCGACGAGGAGUGUCCGUACUCGCUGGUCCGCAAGUCGACCCGGAACAGUCCGAAGGCGCCGAAGACGUGCAAUUCGCAGGUGUGGCAGGUGGCCGUCAACACGGUGGCCAAGAAACGGGACACGUUCAGGCGAGGCAUGAGCUCGGUGUGCAGGUCCAUGAACAAGCUGAGGACCGGGUUCAAAGCUGCUACCCAGGUAUGCAUAGGGACUUCAUAUAACAUUAACGGUAACCCGGUUAAGUACCACACCCGGUUAGGUUCAGCGGCUCCAACCUACCUGAUUUUAUCGUUUCAGAAAUUGCGGCCAGCCACUAGGCGUCGUUUCAAAUUGGACGAAUCACCGAUGACUCCCAAUACUCCGAAGACCCGGUCCAAAUGUCUGUUGGGCAGGACGCCCACCAAGAUGUACAGUCCUUUUGCCAUCGACACGCCGCCGUCGUUGCGCCGACGGUUCGCCAACCGGAGAAAUCGCCUCAUCGAGACUGAAAGGUAAUCGUCAUUAAUAAGAUAAUAAGAUCUAAAAACUACACGGCCACCAAUUUAUGUGUUAAUUUUUUGAUUCGAUUUAAUUAAAGAAAAAUUGAUUUUCGUCAAUUUCGCUAUAAAAAAAUUUAAUUUGAUAUCUUGAAAAAUAUUAUGUCAAAUAUUAAUUUAGAUUCAAGGCAAUUAUACAGGUGAUCAAACUAUCUUAACACUCGAAUUAUUUCGAAUUUUAUAUGAAAUGUCUCGCAAGCAAACCAUAUUUUAUUUUUGCUUUUUUUUAUGUAUACAGUGUACCAUUUAAGUGGAUACAUUCAUUAUUAAGAAAAGUAUUCAUUUUUUUCGGAAUUUGUUUUAUAGAACAUUUAAGAAACGGGCAGCUCCACAAAUUUACAUUUAUUUAUUUAUUUUUUUUAUUUUUUUCAACCUUUUUUUGGGGAGGUUAAACUUACUUAUGAUUUUUAAAUCGCAACCUAUAUUAAAAAUGUCAUAAAUAUAUGGGGAAUUAGUUAAAAUAAAUUUUGGUAUUUACAUUUUUGAUUUCUGUUAAUUCCUUGGUUAAUCCGUUGAUGAGAUAUUCUACUCUUACGUUUAGGCCAGGGAAGAGUAUUAGAGCAUUAUUUGUGAGGUGGCACGGUGCGUAGUGUAAUAAUGCACUAUUUCACUCCUUCGGCUCAAACUUAAAAAUGGAAUGUUUCGUCUACGGCGGAUUAAUAGAAAUCAAAUUUUCAACACCGAAAUGUAUUUUAACUAAUACUAAAAUUUUCAUUUGAUAAACCCUUUUUAUGUGUAAAUUUCUUAUAAUAAAGUAAUUUGGUACAAAUUUACUAUGGUACCUAUAAGUCUAGUUUACUGGAUACUCUGUUCUCCAAUUUUUUUUUUUUAAAUAUUAGUUUUUACUGUGAAUUUUUUUGCUGAUCAUUUUAAGAAGUUAUGGAAGUUUGAAGUUUUUUGUUAUUAUGGUUUUUGCUUAAAUACCUAUCUAUUUUACAUUAAUUUAUUUACAUUUGGCCAGCGUGGUAUUUUUGUUGUUGAAAAACAUGCAUCUAAUCUCCGUAUGUGAUUUAAACAUUUUGAUUUUGCACCGAUCUCACCCCAAUCUAAUUUUUUUCCUGUUACCUACCCGAUAUGGUAUUGCACAACAAAUCGAGGGUUAUUGUCUUUUAAAAGUUCGAGCAAUCGAGUGACACCUUUGUGUCUAUGUACACCUAUAAUGCAUUUUCACUUUUCCCUAUUACCUACCAGAUGUGGUUUUGCUCAUCGAAUUGAGAAUUAUUUUCGUUUUAAUAGUCAGAGUGAGCUAAUACAAAGAACUUCAAACUUCCAUAACUUCUUUAAUAAUGAUUUCCAUUCACAAAUAAAUUCAAAAAGUUCCGAAAUUUGUGUCGAAAAACAUAUACCUUAAAAAGUAAAUAAAUUGGAAAACAAAUGGUGUCCGGAGGGGAUGUGUUAAAUUUGUUUCUUUACAAUUUAUUUUUAAAUGAUAUUCAAUUAAACAACUACCUAUUUAGAGACUUGCUGUAUCAAACAAAUAAUUUUGAUUGAAAACAAACACAUACCUAUUUUAAACCAAUACAAUAUUCUUUUUAUUCAGAAUCUAAAAAAGUAUUAAAAUUUAAUUGAAAUAAAUGGGCACAUAGUUUAAAUAUAUUUCACCUAAAUUUAAAGUAGGUAAACCAAUAAAAUAUUUAUUUUUAUUUUGAAUAAAUAGUGUUUCAAUGAUAUUAAUUAACAUGUUUAAUUUGUUUUAUACAGCAAUAAAUCAUUAAAUGGAAAAAGUGAAUCAAACAGUUCCGGGACAUUAUCAAAUAAUAACCAGCUGAAAAUCAGUACAAAUAAAACAGAAAGUAGCUUAAUAUAAGAGGUACUUCAAUACUUUAAUACUACUAUUAAGUAUUAAAACGUAAUUGCACACUAUAUGGUAUAUUAUUAUACAUUUUUAUAAAGAAAUUUAAAUAUUAGAUAUAUCUACCUAUACUCACCGGUAAUUUCGAAGGCAUUUAGCUAUGUUGUUUUUACAUAACACAUUUUACGUCCUAUACUAUUAUUUUUCAAUCAUUAUUGCAUUUUUUAAAUUUUUAAAUAUUUAUAAUGUGUUCCUUUUUAACCGACUUUGCAAGAGAUUCUUAAUUUGUCGUGUAUUUUAUUUUUUUCUAUAAAAACUA